UUCUUCUUCUGCGCAUAAUAAAACCCUUUUUGCCGUGAGAACUUAGCUAGGGUUUUACUUCACACCGAUGAAAAUGGAGGAACCUUCAUUCACAAACGGCGAUGAUGAUGAUUUCUGCAAUUCAAUCCUCUCUCGCUUCGGCAACUCCACCGCCGAGAAUCACCAGCACCUCUGCGCCACCGUCGGCGUCAUCUCGCAGGAGCUCAAGGAACGCAACAUGCCUUCCUCCCCCGUCGCCUACUUCGGCGCCACCUGCAGUUCCCUCCGCAGCUUCGCUUCUGAACCGAACCCUCACAAUCACAGCAUCGACGCACUCCUCACCAUCCUCUCCCUCCUCAUCGCCGGGGUCCCCGUCCCUGUGCUGAAGACGCAGAGAGAGUUCUUAUCUAACUUCAUCGUCCGUGUUCUCCAGUCGCCUUCGGUUUCCGAGAGCGGCGCUGUCAGUGGAAUCAAGUGCCUCUCGCAUUUGCUGAUCAGUAGGGACACUGUUGACUGGUCUGAUGUCUCUCCCUUGUUCAAUGUCUUGCUGGUGUUCCUCACUGAUUCGCGACCUAAGGUUAGAAGGCAAUCACAUUUGUGUCUUCGUGAUGUCUUGUUAAACUUUCAAAGUUCUUCACUUCUGGCAUCUGCAAGCGAAGGUGUCACGAGCUUACUUGAGAGGUUUCUUUUGCUUGCCGGUGGAGCAAAUGCAAAUAGUGGUGAAGGAACUAAAGGAGCACAGCAGGUUCUGGAUGUUCUUGAUGCCUUGAAAGAAUGUCUGCCUUUUUUGUCACUAAAAUACAAGACCAGCAUUCUUAAGCACUUCAAAACCCUCUUGGAUCUACGUCAUCCUCUAGUCACGAGGCGCAUAACAGAUGCUUUGAAUUUUCUCUGUCUUAACCCUUCAGCAGAAAUUUCCCCUGAAGCCCUACUUGAAUUGUUAAGCUCAUUAGCUCUUUCCAUCUCAUCAAAUGAGAUGUCUGGAGAUGGAUUGACAUUUACUACUCGUUUGCUUGAUGUUGGAAUGAAGAAAAUUUAUACUCUUAACAGGCAACUAUGCAUAAUUAAGCUUCCCAUUGUUUUUAAUGCUCUCAAAGAUAUUUUAGCAUCUGAAUAUGAAGAGGCCAUAUAUGCGGCCACAGAUGCACUCAAAAGCAUGAUCAAUUCUUGUGUCGAUGAAAGUUUGAUUAAACAGGGAGUGGACCAGCUCACUUUGAGCAAAAACGGAGAACCAAGGAGGUCAGCGCCCACGAUUAUUGAAAAAAUUUGUGCAACUAUUGAGAGCUUACUUGAUUAUCACUAUGCUGCUGUCUGGGACAGAGUAUUUCAAAUUGUUUCGGCUAUGUUUCAAAAAUUAGGAAAUAAUUCUCCGUAUUUUAUGAGAGGAAUAAUCAAAAACUUGGAAGAUAUGCAAAAGCUGCCUGAUGAAGAUUUUCCUUUUAGGAAACAGUUGCAUGUAUGCGUUGGAUCUGCUCUUGCUGCAAUGGGACCUGAAACUUUAUUAUCCCUUAUACCUCUGAAUUUGGAGGCUGAAGAUUUAUCUGAUGCAAAUAUUUGGCUUUUUCCAAUUCUGAAACAAUAUAUUGUUGGGGCGCGAUUAAACUAUUUUACAGAAGAGAUUUUGCCUAUGAUUGAACGUGUAAAGGAGAAGGCUCAGAAGCUUGAGAAUCGGGGACUCAUGGUGUCGUCAAGGAAUGCAGAUGCACUUGCUUACUCUUUAUGGUCUUUGCUGCCUUCAUUUUGUAACUAUCCUUUGGACACAGCUAAAAGUUUCAAGUCUCUAGAGAAACAUUUACGUAAGAAGCUAAAAGAAGAACCUGAUCUUCGUGGAAUAAUAUGCACUAGCUUGCAGCUUCUGAUUCAACAGAAUAAGAAUAUUAAGGACUCAAAUGACCAGGAUUGUGCUGGGCAAGAUGUGGUCAAAGAAGAAGUUUUGGUUCAUUAUUCGCAGCAGGUAGCAACAGAAAAUCUGAAUGAGCUGAAGUCAUCUGCAAGGAACUUGCUGAAAGAACUGUCAGAAGUAUUCUUGAAUACUACAAAAGAUGAUGGUGGCUGUUUGCAGCGCACGAUUGGUGACAUUGCUUCUAUAGCAGAUAGUGAAUAUAUAUGCAAAUUAUUUGGAGAGAAAAUGUGGCAGCUUUAUAAAUGCACUCAAAAGGCCAGUAAAGCAGGAAAUUCGAAAGAUUCUAUGCAGAUUGAUGAUGCAUCAAAUAAUGUGUCUCCAUUAGUUAUCAGGGCUCAGCUUCUGGAUUUUGCAGUUUCUCUGUUGCCGGGUUUAAAUGAGGAGUGUAUUGCUUUAUUAUUUCAAGCAAUAAAGCCAGCAUUUCAGGAUGUUGAAGGUGUCCUGCAGAAGAAGGCAUACAAAGUACUUUCAAUCAUUCUCAGGAGCAAAGAUGAUUUUCUUUCUUUGAAGUUUGAGGAAUUGCUUGGGCUUAUGAUUGACAUUCUUCCUUCAUGCCAUUUUUCUGCCAAACGUCACAGGCUUGAUUGCCUUUACUUCUUAAUUGUCCAUGUCUCAAAAUCAAAGGAUAAUCUGGAGCACUGGCGAGAAAUUGUUGGUUCUUUCCUUACUGAAAUAAUACUUGCUCUUAAAGAGGCUAAUAAAAAAACCAGGAACAGGGCUUAUGAUAUUCUUGUUGAAAUUGCCCAUGCAUUUGGGGAUGAGGAGAGAGGUGGGAACAGAGAAAACCUGCUUCAAUUUUUCAACAUGGUUGCUGGUGGCCUUGCUGGGGAAACACCACAUAUGAUAAGUGCCGCGGCCAAAGGUUUGGCUCGUUUGGCUUAUGAGUUCUCCGAUCUUGUUUUAACUGCUUUUAACUUGCUCCCAUCCACGUUUCUCCUCCUCCAGCGGAAAAAUAGAGAGAUAAUUAAGGCUAAUCUAGGUUUAUUAAAGGUAUUAGUAGCCAAAUCACAAGCAGAAGGGUUGCAAUUGCACCUCAGAAGUAUGGUGGAGGGUUUGCUGAAGUGGCAAGACAACACCAAAAAUCAUUUCAAAGCAAAGGUUAAACUUAUUUUGGGAAUGCUUGUUACGAAGUGUGGACUGGAGGCUGUUAAAGCAGUUCUUCCUGAUGAACAUAUUAAGCUUCUAACCAACAUACGCAAGAUCAAGGAGCGCAAAGAGAGGAAUCGAGGGGCUAAAUCUGAAGAAACUAGAUCUCAUCUUUCAAAAGCAACGACAUCCAGGCAAAGUAGGUGGAAUCACACAAAAGUCUUCUCGGAUUUUGAUGAAGAUAGCGGCAAUAGUGAUGCGGAAUACCUGAAUGCCAAGACAAUGUCCAGAGGGGGCAAGUCUUUACGUCUCAAAUCAGCAGCUUCUUCAUUUAGGUCCAAUAUCAGACUAAAGAAGAAUUUGCCCGAGCACUUUUCUGACCAGUCCGAUGAUGAGCCACUUGAUUUGCUUGAUCGGCAGAAAACAAGGUCAGCUCUUAGAUCGUCUGAUAAUCUCAAAAGAAAGUCGAGAUUAGAUGAUGAGAUGGAGGUGGAUUCUGAAGGACGUUUGAUUAUCCGUGAGGAAGAGGAAUGGAAGAACGAAAAACCUGAUGACCCAGACUAUGAUGCUAGGAGUGAGCGGGAUACUCAUUUGUCUGCGAAGUCAGGAACUAAAGGACAGAAGCGGAGAAAAACAUCCGACUCUGGUUGGGCUUACACAGGGAAGGAAUAUGCUAGCAAAAAAGCAAGCGGAGAUGUUAAGAGGAAGGACAAGCUUGAACCUUACGCAUAUUGGCCACUUGAUCGGAAAAUGAUGAGUCGUCGCCCACAGCACCGGUCGACUGCAAGAAAAGGUAUGGCCAGUGUUGUAAAGAUGACAAAAAAGCUUGAAGGCCAGAGUGCCUCUGGUGUGCUGUCCCUGAAAGGCUUGAAACUAAAAAAGACUCACAAGAAAGGUGGCAAGGGAAAGAAAAAAAUGUAAGUAGCGCCAGCGCUGAUUGUUGUGCCAUGUUUUGCAGUAUUUAGAUAAUAAUAGCAUUAUACCAAUUUUGAAGCCCCAUAAAGUGUAAGAUGAAGCUAAAUCAAGUGUAUUUUAUUUUAAUGUAUUCAAUUGAUUAGAAAGGGAAGCAGGCUUUUUGGUUCCUAUUUGUUAUUUGUACACGACUUCUCAUGUAUAUUCGUUCAUAUAGUUUAAUUUAACAAAAUGUUUUAAAUUA